GGUUUCACUUUUGUAUGCAUACUGAAAACUCCCAGAGAGUGAAGCAAGCAGGAAACCAAGUGGAAAAGAAAGGCUUUGAAACUCUCCAAGAAAGUAGUGUCGGAAUUGAGAAUUUUCCGAACAACCAACUCGCAGGUGGAGAUUCGUUUUCCUUAACGUUUGGAACGUUUGAAGAAGUUACGGAACGUGACAGUGAAACUUCUGGUGAGGAGCAGAAUAGAGACAGAAAGCAAAUUUCAGCAAGUUUGGAGUCAGUAACCCGAGUUGACCAGUGUGAUGAGGUUGCUCGUAGUACCGGGACAAAUCUCUCCUCAAGCCGUUCACAACCUUUAGCUACCCCAGAGGAAGUAAAAGUUAGUUCGUCCAUUCAGUCUGCAUUUAGGGCAAAUUCAACCCAAUCUGUUUUGAAAGAUGGCUCAAGCAAUAUUCCGCAGUUUAAUUUGGGAAUGCAUAAUAUACCAAAAGAUAUGCAGCGGACCUCGUCAGCUCCACCCAAUCCAGCAGAGGUUGGAAAGUUACCGCCGUUUCUUCCGGAUAGGUUUCAGCACUAUGUUCGCAACUCAUAUCCCUACAGUGGAGGAAAUGCUUCAUAUGGUCAGCCUCUGACUUCUCCCCUAUCAGUUCCCUUAGCUUAUGGUGCUCCUACUGGACAAGAAACUUCCAUGUUUGCUCAAGGAGUACCGCAAGGUGUAGGCUACACUGUAUAUGGAACGAACCAACCGAAUUCUUUUGUUAGCCAGCAUAGCUAUGUUCCUUAUUCGUCCAAUAGCCAAACCUUUGAGACCAAUCAAAGACAAAAAAGUACGCAAGUUAGUAGUGUCUCAUCGACAGGUGUCGUUGUGCCCCCUAAGAGGGAGAAGAAACGUAUACCUAUCAUUGACCCGAAUACAAAACAAGAGAUUGAUCUAUCAUCUACAGCCCUUGAGAAAGAGAAGAGACGAACUUCAACUACUUCUUCACCACAAGUUUCAAGUAAAGAUCCAUCUGAAAGUUAUCAGACAAUUCCUUCCAAGCAAUUUGCAGGAGAAGGUAGCUCAUCAUCAUCUGCGCAAUUGGAAGCUAAGGUUCCACCUUACGAGAAGGGUGAUAUGGGUGAACCUAAUAGAUCCACAACUACAGAUGAAAUAGGUGCUGAUUCUUACAAGAAAAGUAACUUAGAUUUUGACUUAGUUACGUCGGAGAAUGUUGAAAUUUCCAGUGAACAUGUAGUAAAUGUAAGUAGUCGGCAGGAUCAGAACGAGACUGAUAAUACAUUUUCAACACCUUCCGAUGGGAAAAGCAUAGUAGAGAAUACGACUUCACUUCAUGUGGAUUCUUCAGAAAAUAGCAGAGAGAAUUUGAAAAAGGAUAUCGAUGUUUCCAACACUGAAGUAGAUUUAGAGCAAAAUGCCGCUCCAAACAUGGAGAAAGAACAAGUUACUGUUUCAAUUCAAAGAGACUAUUCCGAGUCGAAAACGGACGAAGAAUUAUUGUCUUUUUGUACGACUGCGGAGCUGAAUAAUGCAUCUAUCAAACGCGAAGAUACGAGCCAGGAAGGAACUGUGGAUCGUGCUGUUAGUCCUAGACGGGAAAGGUUUGUUGUGAGAGGUGGAAAGGCUGUGACUAAUAGGGGGUCACUUCACCGAUUACCGGAGAGUGCAGGUGAGAGACUUACUGAGCAGAAUUCAACGAGUGAGAAGUUGGAUAUAAAAAGGAAUGACGAGCAAGAAGAAGAAGUUGCCCUCACAAUGAAGACAAGGUUUCGGUAUCCAUUAGAGAUUCUAGAAGAUUUGAAGUCUGUUGGAAGUUUAGACUCAUUUGAUGAAAGAACCCAAGAUGAUAUUCAAUUUCUUCCUAACUUGAGUAGCAAAAGUUUCCAGUCCAAGAAGCAUGGUAGUUUAGAUAAGUUUCCCAAAAACGUGUUUCCCGGAAGCAACAUUUCAGGUCCACCGCCUGGUUUCACAACAAAAUCCUUGUCUUCCAAAGAUUCAUAUGAUCUCGGAAGGGCUCGAAAUAGGAACGUACCAGUUCCGGGUUCGAACCAAGCCUCAGCAAAGGGACGAUCAUUUGGAGGGAAGGAGUUGUCAGAUCUUCGUGGCACCAAAGUGGCAGCUCCAGACAUGCGAAUUAUUCAAGCGGCGCAGGCAUGGAAACAUAGGAGAGAUGACGAAGAUGAGUUCACUAGAAAGAUACACACUGUCCGUUCGAUUUUGAACAAAUUAACAUAUGAGAAGUUUGAUAGGUUGUAUGAACAAAUACUAGAUGUCAAAAUUGAUUCGCCGGAGCUUCUUCGAGGCAUUGUUUCGGAAAUUUUUGACAAGGCGUUGUUAGAGCCUAAUUUUGGUCCCAUGUAUGCAGAACUGUGUGACAGAUUGUCCGUAAGUAUGCAGAAAAUGCUGGAUGAGUCAGCCGAUGGAGGUUUUCGUGAUGAGUCUGGCAAGAAAGUAACGUUCAAAAGUAUAUUGUUGAGUAACUGUCAGAGUGAGUUUCAGAAAUUCGCAAAAUGUGAGGCGCCUCUGGAGAAGCAUCAGCUAGCCUCGAAGGAUAAGGAGAUUCCAAUAGACACGAAUGAAAAAUCGGACAGUAAUCUCUUUGCAGAAGAGGAAGAAGAACGUCACAAGAUGAAGCGACGAAUGAUUGGAAAUAUCAAAUUCAUUGGUGAACUUUUCAAAAAGGACAUGAUAUCGGAAAGAGUUAUACGAGAUGACUGUAUUCCUCGUUUGCUUUCUCUUUCCUUAGUUCCAAACCCAGAUGAUGAUGAUCUCGAAAGUUUAUGCAAGUUACUGACAUCGGUCGGCGCAAAGUUGGAUUCACAUGUAGAGAAUCGCCCUAUGUUAGAUCAGUACUUUCAAGCAUUGGAGAAGUUCCGUGCCACUGUUAAACUGCCCAGUAGAAUCCGUUUCAUGAUAAUGGAUUUACUCGAUUUGAGAAAGAACAACUGGGUUGAAAGACGGCAAGAAGCUCAAGCAAAGACAAUUGGAGAAAUACAUGCAGACGCUCAAAGAGAAGAACGUGCGAAGGCUCAAGCUAGUAGAGAACGUAUGUUGUCUAGUCGUGAUAGAAGAACUAUAUCAGCUGCCUCAUAUGCUCCACGAAUGACGAUGCAUAUGGGUACUUCUUCACCCAGAAGCCCUGGUGUUUCGCAGCGCGUUGAAGCCAACUGGGAAAAGUUUGGGGCAAAGAAGCCGGACUGGAGAGAAUAUGCAGAGAAAGUAGAACUGGGUCCUGUGAGGUUAGGACCAAGUAGUGCCAUACUAUCUAUGGCAGGAGGUGCGAGAGGUUGGAAAACUGAAUCAGGAACUUCCGAUAUUCGGAGAACGGAAGCUCAUAGCAAUAAUACAACGGAAUCCCGACCAAAGAGUAUUUUAACCCAUUCGACAAAUGUCCUUGGGGAGACUGCAGAAGGUUCCAGUACGAAUGUGGGUGUCGUAAGAGAAGAAGAAUUAGAAACAGGUUUAUCUACUGAGCCAGAGGCUCUGACACAGGAAGCUUUCUCGAGAAGGUUGAAGAGUAUCUUGGAAGAAUAUCAUUCGUUGAAAGAUGCCAAAGAAGCAGAAGAGAGUCUGAAAGAAAUACCCAAGUCUAAUAUGGAAAAUUUCGUUUUUCAAUUUGUUCAGGUUGCCUUGGAAAGUAAGACAUCGGUAAGGAAUGAUGCAAUUACAGUUUUCUCGUUUGCCAAGGAAACUGUUGCACCAGAUGUCAUCAGGAACGGUUUCAUAUCAGUUAUUGAAAUUUUGGAUGAUCUUGAUAUAGAUGAUCCUCAUGCAAGUGACUUUGUUGCCUCCUUAACUGGCCGUGCUGCUGCUGUCGGCAUGCUUAGGAAUACGAAUAACGAGAGUGCCAAUUAUGGGUUGAACUUUUUACAAAACAGCCUUACAAGUAUAAGAGAUUCUACCCGACGUUUAAAAUUUGUGAUAUUAGUUUUCAAGGAGUUGCGGUCAGCUAUUAGAGAGAGCUGUGAAGGCGAUAGUUUGUCAAGAACAUUGCAAGCAAUGAGGAAUAGUGGACUUGACUUGGAAAAACUUUCUUUAGAAUGGAACAAUAGAGACAUGUUGUACGCUCUCUUAAAGAAGUUCGAUGCGAGCUAUUUGUGUCUCAGUUGUGUUUUAAGAAAUAUAGUAAUGUCACUAAAUGUGGAUUCUGAAGUGGACUCUUCGGAUACGCUUUUGAAUGUACUACAAGGUCUAGACGACGAAACCAAGAAGUCAACGGAAGUUAUCACUUCCAUAGGUUAUCUUUACUUUGAAAUAUUUCAUCGCACUUUGAAUUCUGAUUCUGUCGCGGAAGAUAUGGAGGCUUGUAACAUUGGAUGUAAGUUGAAGAAUUGUGAAACCGCGCUUCUUCAUCUUCUAGAUGAAGAUGCUCAUAAGCACCUCAUGUUACUCGUCAGUGCACAACAGUUUUGUUAUGAAAAGUCAUUUCCGUUAAUUCAAACCAACAUUUUUAACGAUGGAAAUGGUAGCAGUGAACUCAGACAAGUUGCUCUUAUAAGACAUGUUUUUGACCGACUCUACAAGUCGAAAAUUGUAUCAUUAGAAGCAUUUUGGAACUGGAAAGAAGAUUUGACAGUAACUCAACAAAUAGGCAAAGGUCAAGCCUUGAUUCAGACUAAUGAAUGGUUCUCAACGUUAUCAGGAUUGACUGGUAAUAACAGUGAGGAAGAAGAACCACCCAGUUUAUGAUUGCAUCUUCAAUGCGCAAGUAAGUAUAUGCAUGUUGGGAAAGGAAUAUAAGCUAUCAGUUGAAUACGGUGCUUUACCUAUAGUGUAAACUUCCAUUGUUCUACUAUGGAUUUCAUUAUAAUAGUUUCUUGAAAUUGUGUUAGGAAUUUGAUAUUCUACCAAAAGCAAUGUUAUUCGUCGUGUGGGUUGUGUUGAAGAUAAAGAUUGAACUUGGAACAUUUGCGUUUGUGGAAAAUUCUCGCCAUGUUGCAUGUCCACUUGGACAUCACGAAGGAAAGUUUAGUCGAUUGCCGCGUUAUGAUUUUGAGUGCUCCAAAGGUGUCUUCGAUAAGAGAGUAAAGAACUGAUGUAUAAAAGUAACUUGAAUGGGUUGUAUUCAUUCCAAAGUUCCUGUUGAACAGGUUUCGGAGAGUAGUUUGAGCUUCUCUUUGGUCGAGAGUGUUCGAGAACCAGUGCGUGCAGUCCUUGAAAGAAAUCGUUUUGAAAAUACAGGUCUUAGAAGUUUUGGAAACUUCCAGAGGACUCUCUCUGUAGAUGAAGAGUGCAAUCUUGAUGAAGAGCGUUAUUUUCAAGCAAAAUUAAAAGUGGAAGCUUGGUUUGCUCGUAGUCAAGCAGCAGUAGGUUGUCACCGCGGGGCAACACCAAAUGCUGACUGUCUAGCUUGA